AUGCCGCUCUCGGUGCCGUCGUCCUGGGGCGGCUCAUUCCCUUCGCCGCAGGAAGCCGCCAAUGUACGACCCUCGCUUGCUGCACCAGAGAAGCAGCCCGCGGCGGCAGGAGUCACGGAUGGCGUUGCGCCAGCGGCAGCGGCAAGGACCUCGCACGCCCCUCCGUCACUCCCUACACCCUCCGCGCUUGCCCAGCCACAACCACCCUCUGCAGCAGCCCGUCCCACAGACGCAGAGCCGCCAUCGUCCGCUGCACCCGCGUCAGCCUUUUCGACGUCGGCGAAGAGCAACGCAACGCAACGGAAGGUGGCAAGGCUGCUGGACAUCACGACGAGCAGCGAAAUCAAGGAUCUGGCGAGCUACGUGGACAACAUCCUGCCGGGCUACUUCUACUCCCUGGGCGACAGUGCAAAGGAUGAGUCCAGCAGCGCCGACGUCGCGGCCGCCAGCGGCCACAGAUCUACACCGGCCCCGUCGAGUGCGGCAUCCAGUCACAGCAAUAACAACAAGACCAUCACAUCAACCGCACUUCGCAGCGCCCUCGACCAUCGUACCAUCGACGUGCACAAGAGUUUCCUGCAAGAGUUCAAGGCCGUCUACCAGAGCUACCAGCGCGUGGCCGCACAGGUCAACGAGCUGCAGUCCAAGUGCUCCAGCUUGGAAGACACGCUGAACACCACCGCGGGCUGCCCCAGCAGAGAAGUGGAAGACUUCUUUUACCAGAUUCAGGCCUACCAAGCGGAGCUGCAACUGGUGCAAAGCCACGACAAGGAGGUGGACGAGUUCCGCAAGCAGCACCACUUCGGCGCCGCUGAGCAGAAGGUGCUAGAGGAGGGGGCAGUGGAUAUGAACUUCCUCAACGCGCUGGAGCGGGCGCGGCAGGUGCACCAGCGCAGCAGCGAACUCAUGCAGUCGCAGGAAUACCACCAAGGUGCACUGGCAGUGAUGGAGUCCACCUACGGGGCCAUCACACGCGCAACGGAGAAGAUCGCGCGCCAUCUUCUCUCCACCGCCGGAAGCGGCGAGGGCCGCAGGGCUGGCGUCGUCGCGUCCGCUGCAGCAGGCAGUGCGAGGUCGAUUGCGGCCGAUGUGCCGGAGGUCACGGGCUUCCAGCUGCGGUGUGUGCGCCUCCUCUACGAGGAGAGUCCGUCGCUGCACGACAAGUUUCUUGAUGAGGUGGCGCGGCUGCGUCGGGCGUCGGUGCUGCGGCGCUACUUCCACCUCCUCACCACCGGCUCGGCGAACACGUCCACUGGCCUCUACCAGUCCGGAGUUCAGCCCUCCGCGCAUGACGGCGGCGUUGGCAGAAGGCACGAUAGCAGCGAGGCAGGGAUGGGGGCCCGCCCCCUCGAGGUGGAACUGAACAACCCCACUUAUUUCUUCAGUUCUCUUUGCGCGUGGCUACACCAGACCAUCGCCGAGGAGCAGGACUUUAUUCACAACUUCUUUGGAAGCGAUGAACCGGAGGUGGGGCGACGAGGGCGGCGCAGCCACGCGGCCACCGCGGCGCCGUCGCCGUCUUGUCUGCAAUCAGGAAGCGACGCUGCACGAACUGCGCACGACAAGACACGGCAGCAGGCGUUGCUCGACGGCGUGUUUGGAGGAGUGUGCAAGCACAUCCGGGCGGCGCUCGACAGCGUUCUGGAGCGGCUGGAGCGAACAGCGGCCGUGCUCGGUGCGGCCACAGGUGGCUUGGAGGGUGAAGGCAGAGCUGGCGGGUGCGGCAGCAUCGCCAUUGCGGGCAGCGCAGAUGCCCUCGCUCCGCGCAAGGGCCCACGUGGCCUGACUGGCGGCUUGACACGCUUGUUCAUGGCCGCCACUGGUCGCUCGCCCAUCGCGGCCUUCCGUGGCGCUGGGCAAGACGAGUCCAACGCGCUCCUUCAGCGAUACGCCGGCGUCACGACGCGCGCGCAGCAAGAAGCCGUAGCCUCAUCGAUGCUGCGCCCCCUGUUGCAGGGUAUUCAGACCUGCGUGACGCUAGUGCAGCUGUUCGAGUACUACACUGCCACAACGUUUGCGCCACUGUUGGGGGAAGCCUCCGCGCUCACCCAGCUGAUUCACAAAGCCGCUCCUGAGAAAACGCGAGAGCUCUUCCAGCGCUUGCUGCACGUCUUAGCCGUGCAUCUGCUGGACAGCACGGCGGGCAUCAUUGGCCGCACCGCGACACUGAGGAGGUUGGCGUCGUCUCACGCGCUGAAGCAGGCUGCUGAUGGUGACGACGCACAAGGUGUCUCGCCGCUUGCAACAGAGCACCGCGCCGUCACCAAGACUGGCCCCUCGACGUUUGUGCUCGACUUCCUCGUCGCCUUCACGUACGGCAUCGACGCGAACGGCCUCGGUGGCGCGCCCAAUGGGUCGGAGAGCGCACUGCUGAACGACACCGAGAGCGGCGUUCACAUGUCCUUCCCCUCCCACUCCGCUGCUGCCACCACGACUCGAUUUCGACAGGCAAACGAUGGCCAGCUGCUGCACCACAGCGCGCACGACCUCCGGCGCGUUCUAUCGCAGCUCAUCCUGCCCCCGUCCCCAGAGGUGGCGGCGUACUGCGCCGUCGUGCAUUCGGUGCUUCAGGACACCGCGCGUCAAGUCGAGCUGCUGGGUGCGAUCGCCGAGCAGCAGCGCGCUGCAGUGGCGCAGGGGCACCGCUCGAGUGGCCCGACCGCAGCCUCAGACCCCGGUGCGGCGGCGCUCGCUACACACACUGAGGUAACGUUUUUUGUGCAGGAGAUGCUACAGUCGCUGCUGAAGGCCGCGCGCUCGGUGGAGACAGACGGGCCGUUGCGGACGAACCUCGACGACCCGUGUCGCGCGAUCGUGGAGUACAAUGUGCUUUACAAACUGCGCGACGUGCUCGAACAGCACGCGGCAGUGCUUAGUGUACUCUUCAAGGGUUCAGACGCACAGGGCCCAGAGGCGGAGCAAACUUUGGACUCUAUUCGGAUGGAGUGUGCCGCUACCAUGACCACUCUGCGUCGGCGCCUUGUGUCCGCGUGGACGACCGCCGUCAAACUCUUCUACUUUCCUGUGUCGGCGGAGGCCGUUGUCGCGGCGAUGUCGAGCGCCGCGGCCGCGGAAGCCAAUGAAAAACAGCUCAUCACCGUCAAGAAGGAUGUGCGGCGGGUGCUGAAGCAGUUCGUAAACGUGUACAACACCAUCGCCUCCUUGGGCCACUUGCCGGAGCCCGUGCCCCUUCUUUCGGCCCUCGCCGGCAGCGACGACGUGUGCGAAGAAGUGCGCCGGAAAGUCACGCUGAGCAUCGUGGAAGAUGUGUACACGGCGGAGUUCAAGAUGUUAUCCGCUGUGCCGCCCACCGAGGAGCUCGUAGCGGUGCAAACCGAAAUGGCGCCGCAGAAUUUGCUCAAGCUGGUCGACUUCAGCUCCCCCGCACCCGCCGCAACGUUGCAGCCCCUUUCCUCGUGA